GCCAUAGUAUAAUUGGCUGCUUCGCUCUAAGUUUGGUCUUGAAGGGGUUAACGGGGAGGGCGGAACUCCGCACCGGCCGCAGCAGUAGAUGAUAGCGCGAGGUGUCGCGACGCUACAACGCUCCUCGGAGAUAUCAAAACGACGAGUUUGGAAAUAACAUCAGGAUAUAUAUAACGCUGCGGGAUCGUUUAUUUCGCGCCUGUGCGGAAACGUCACAUCAUCGCUUUACCUCAGCAGAAAUGCGCUCACGUCCAUCUGUAUGAUACGGAGGCGACGCGACGCGAGCGUUGCGCGUCGCACAGAUUGCAAGGCGGACACAAAUGAAUCAAUAUUGUGAGGAUAAUAUUAUACUGUCACGUCUAUACAGAACGGCGUCGUUCAGAGACGCGCGCCGCUGCAGGUGGAUGAUGAUGAUGACGUGAAUUCAGUGUUGCUCUUAUAAUAAUUUAUUGAAAAUAAUUAAUUAGUUAUUUGCUUCACAUACAGUUCAUACAUGACGGGUUCAGUCCGGUCUGGAUCAGUGUUUUGAUCUCGGGUGCGAUGGUCAUAGUUCACGGAUCCGCCCUUGAGGGGUUCGAACCCGCAGCCGUAGGGUGACCCGCGUGACGUCAGGUGUGUGACCGUUAGGCCGUGUGGUGCAGACAUGUUGCCCGGGGUGGGUGUGUUCGGUACCAGUCUCACGGCUCGGGUCAUCAUCCCACUGCUGAAAAGUGAAGGGUUCGCGGUGAAAGCGCUGUGGGGUCGAACACAGGAGGAGGCGGAGGAGCUUGCGCGAGAGAUGAACGUGCCCUUCUACACUAACCGGAUCGAUGAUGUGCUGCUGCAUCAGGACGUGGACCUUGUUUGCAUCAACCUGCCGCCGCCGCUCACGAAACAGAUCGCCGUUAAGACACUGGGUAUUGGAAAAAACGUAAUAUGUGACCGGACGGCAACGCCCCUGGACGCCUUCCAAAUGAUGUCAGCGGCGCAGUACUACCCUAAGCUGCUGAGCAUCAUGGGUAACGUGCUACGCUUCCUCCCCGCUUUCGUCCGCAUGAAGGAGUUGUUGGAAGAAGGUUACGUAGGGGAGCUGUUGGUCUGCGAGGCGCAGGUGCACGCCGGCAGUCUCCUCGGCAAGAAGUACAACUGGAGCUGCGAUGACCUGAUGGGCGGAGGUGGACUUCACUCGGUGGGCAGCUACAUCAUCGACCUGCUGACGUUUCUGACCGGCCGGCGUGCGGUGAAGGUGCACGGUUUCCUAAAGACCUUCGUCAAGCAGACCGACCACAUCCGGGGCAUCCGUCAAAUCACCAGCGAUGACUUCUGCACGUUUCAGAUGGUGUUGGACGGAGGCGCUUGCUGCACGGUCACGCUCAACUUUAACGUCCCGGGUGAGUUUCGUCAGGAGGUGGUGGUCGUGGGAACGGCCGGUAGGCUGAGGGUGAGCGGGACGGACUUGUACGGACAAAAGAACGACGGCGAAGGCGGUCAGGAGCUGCUGUUGAAGGAUGACACGUCCAUGGGAAACGCAUCUUUGCCUGACAAGGCGUUCCGGGACAUCCCAUCUCCGUACCUCACCGGCACCAUCUGCAUGGUUCAGGCGGUACGGCAGGCCUUUCAGGACCAAGAGGAUCGUCGCACGUGGGACGGUCGGCCGCUUACGAUGGCCGCCACCUUUGAGGAUUGUCUGUACGCGCUUUGUGUUGUAGACACGAUUAAAAAGUCCAAUCAGUGUGGCGAGUGGCAGAACAUUGUUGUGAUGACAGAAGAACCAGAGAUAAGCCCCGCCUACCUGAUCAGCGAGGCCAUGCGACGCAGCAGGAUGUCACUGUACUGUUAAUGCAUCUCAACGGAUACACCUACAGUUGGAGAAAAAAGGUUGGGAAAAUGCAAGAAAGCAAGAAAAAUGUUCAAGAGGUAAAAGAAAGUUGGAUUCACAAGUUGGAGAGAUGUCUACUGGGAAUACGACACACUGAACACAUGCUAACAGUGAAAUAUGCGUUGCAAAGACUUUGGUUUGGGCUUCAUUGCAUCUCCUGUGUUUUUGUAAUACGUGCGUAUGUGUGUGUGUAGACCAGUGGUUACAAAAGUCCAUUGUUGGGGCUCUUAGAGACCCACCGGUCAAGUAGUCAAGUAUGCAAUAAAUCUGUCUAGAUAAGCAACACAAGGUCUUUGUUCCUGUGACAUGUCUGUAUUUAUAUCGCAGUGAAACAAACAUUGUAAUCCAGUCAUGCUCUUCAGUAUGGCUUUAGUUUAAUGGUACCAAUUUGUUUGGCAUUGUUCGUCUGAGCUGAGAUCUUGUGUUAGCAUGAGAGUGUUUUACGUAUUCAUGUGAAUAUAAACUCUAGCAGUCAUCCAGUGUUUGGACAUGCAUGAAAUCUGCACUAACACUCUUUUAAGAAAAUGCUGUUUUGUGUAGUACGAGGUAGACAAAACGCAAAGCAUAUCGCUUCAGUCUGGUUCAAAGCGUAUAUGUACAGUCUCAGCAUCUGUAUGAGCUGCAAUAAGACAUUUUGGGUCAUUUGAGUGUAAGUGUAUUGUAGUUUUACAGCCAUUCAUUUUCCGCCUGAACGAUUCAGAGUCGUAAACCCGAGCUGUUUUGUUUCAGGACCAAUAUUUCAAUCUGGACAUCCAGGCGACCGAACACAGCAGCAACACUCUUUAGCAUACAGAGACAAAGAAACUCUCCAUAAAAUCAAAGAUUAAUAAUAAUAAGAACUACAUAUGCCUACAUUUUUUUAAAUGACAUAAAAAUUACAGUAAAACGGUGAAUGACUCGCAUGCAAACGUUUCUCUGACGUAGUUCAUAUAAUCCGCUUUUAACAUUACAAACAAAAGACGUAGGAAUCAUUUUCUCCUUAAUAAAAAUUGACAAGUGUGUGGUAUCAUAAUUCUACACAAUUACACAUUUAGUUGCAUUUUAUUUCUUUUGUGUGUGAGUCAGUCUGAACUGACCUGAGAUCAGUGUUUGGGUGGCAGACUGGGAGUUGCUGUUUUAAACUGUUUCAGAACGCUGCACUUUCUCGAGGGCUAUUUAAUAUAAAGUUAUUAUUGAAAAUGUUUAAGGUGCUAGACUGUCAUGAAUGUGUGCUGUCACUCUGAAUAUAUGAUGCCUGUAUCGUGAGUUCAUUCAUAUUGUCACAUUGAUUUGUUUUUAAGCUUUAUAAUGUGCUUUAUUGUCAAUGGAUAAUUUCAUCCCUGAAUCAGUUUUUGUUCUAGAGAGCCACGUACACACUGCAGAUAACAUGCUGGUUCUGUACACACUGUAUUGUGAAUUCACUCUUGAAAAAUUCAUUAAAUGUUUGUGUACAGAAGCAACACGAACAACUAGUUAAUAAUGCAGUGAUGUCACUUUCAUCCAGAUGUUUGAGAUGAUGCAAUAUCACAGAAACAUUGUGUGAGUUUAGAUCUUUACUGAAAUAUCUCUAACCAAUCUAUACUGUAGUUUACUGUAGUUUCUCCAACCAGCCUUUACUGUAGUAUACUGUAAUCUAAGGAUGGGAUGGUAUAAAAAUUUCAUAUCAUGAUUAUAGUGACCAAAGUUAUCACGGUUAUCAAUAUUAUCAUGGUUUUGUUAAAAUGAGAUGGAAAUGUUCAAAAAGAACUGACACACACUGAUUUUUUUUUUUUUUUUUUUUUUUGAAAAUCACAAUUAAAUAUUUCAUUUCCCUGAAAUUAUUUCUGUUGUAAAAAAUAAAUCUGUCUAAUAAGUUUACCAUGAAUGAAAACAAUACAUUAUCCCUUAAAUGUCUUCUUGUGCAAAAAACUAUGUUGCAUGUGCACGCCUGCGUCAAACUGAUUCUGGCUGGACAGGAUUUACAGCAAGUUUUCAAAAUCACAGUAAUCUAACACGCUUGUAAUUGUAAAGGUAAUUACAUUUUAAACGAUAAUACUAAUCGUCAGGACAUUUUAUCCUGGUUAAUCGUGAAACCGGUAAUCGUCCCAUCCCUACUGUAAUCUUACUGGAUUUCCCAGCAAUCUUUACUGUAGUUUACUGUAGUUUCUUCAACCAGUCUUUACUGUGGUUUACUGUAGUUUCUCCCAGCAACCUUUACUGUAGUGUACUGUAAUCUUACUGUAGUACCCAGCAAUCUUUACUGCAGUUUACUGUAGUUUCUCCAACCAGUCUUUACUGCAGUUUACUGUAAUCUUACUGUAGUACUUAGCAGUCUUUUGUGUAGUUUCUCCCAGCAGUCUUACUUUAGUUGGAACUGGAAUUUUCAAUAUAGAACUCACGAAUUUAUACUGGAGUUUCUCUAACCAAUCUUUACUGUAAUUUCUUCUCGAAUCUUUUGUGUAGAUUACUGUAGUUUCUCCCCGUAAUCUUUACUGUAGUUUACUGUAAUAUCACUGUAGUACCCAGCAAUCUUUGCUGUAGUUUACUGUAGUUUUUCCAGCAAUCUUCAGUGUAGUUUCUUCUCGAAUCUUUACUGUAGUUUCUCCUGGCCGUCCCGAGUCAUAAGUUACAGUAAAACAUGUCAUGCAAUGUAAGUCGCUUUGGAUUAAAAGAUCUGUUUACAGUAAAAGUGCAAGAGUGACUAUUUUUAUACGCACACUGAAAUUUUGAUUUAAAUAUGGUUGUGUCACUUCCAAAUGUUGCGGUGUGUACGUGGACAAAAGUAAUAACAAUUAUUAUGGUUAUGUGUUUUUUAAUCAUACCCUUUCUUUUUAACUGUUUUUAGUCUUAAACAAGAUGUCUUGCAAAGCUUAAUGUUGCUGCAGAGUUUAAUUAAUUGAUUUAAAUCUGUUCAGUGUAACAUCUCAGUAAAGACAGAUUGUGUGUCUGCUGUCUGUAUUAUAUCACUGUGGGACUGCUCACUGUGUCAUGAUGGCUCUUUUACACCCUAAUGAUAAAAUAUUUUGCAGAAUUACUUUUUUAUUUGUACUGUUAAAUUAAAUACAUGGCUGUAUAUUUAGUUUUUUGUUUUUUUUGCUGCUUGGUGUACAUUACUGUAAAGAUGCUCUGUGCAGUGUAGGGAUGUAUUUAUUAUUUUACUGAAUGUUUUACAUCACAUUAUGAAGUAUACAGUAUGUCUUUUGAGACAGAAAUAGGCAUUAAUAAAUUACAUCUGAAACUCAUCCACUGUGAUCUCACAAUCACAUAAAAGUCCAACACAAACAACACCUCAGACACAAUUACUUUCAUCAACAUGUGGGAUGCAUAUAUUAUAAAACAAACAGAGUUUAACUAAUUUAAUCGACCCAAUGUAAGGUUUGCAUCACAGUUUUAAUGGUUUAAAUAAGUUUUAAUGGUUGAAUGUGCAGACUCAAACUCAAAAGUGAAUUUCAAAAUAAUGGAACAUUGUGAACUUUCAUAAGGAAAUAGUUGACAUUAAAACACUUCAUGAUGCUGGAUGAUUCUGUGAUCUAAUAAAUUUAAGCACUGCACAAGUAAAAAAACAUCUCUGUAGGACAAAAGAUUGAGAAUAAUUAAUUUAAAACAUAUCUCUGUUUAUAUCUUAAUAAUAUUAAGCGUUUCAUCUCAUAUUUAUUUUAAAGUUGCAGAUGAUUCCUCUUUCUUCUUGAUGUUAUUCAUGAUCUGUCUGUGAAUGAUGCUUUUAGAUUGAAUGUUGUGUUUUAGGGACUGAAUAUCAUGAGUCGGUGAAUGUCACUGGGUCAUGUUUCACCCUAAAAUCUAAUAAAAUUAUUAAAUUUCUUUAUGCAAAAUAAUUUUAUUUUCUUUAUAUUUGGGGAUUUUAGUGUGACAGAUUCUCAAUAGUUUUGAUGAGUUAAAUGCUGUUUUAUUAUCUUGAGAUGUUUUGAAAGCUGCUUCAGAUGUAAAGAGGACGUUUAGAUGUUUGUCAUGAAUAAUUGAACAGAAGACAUUUAACUGAAGUCACACCUGCUGUAUGUUUAAGUCACUUGACAUGAACCUGUGGAAAACAUUACAACUGGAAAUGUAAUGGACAGUAAAACUACAUGAAUGUGAGGUCUUUAUUCUCCUGAUGGGCAGUGCAUGCAAACACACAUGAAUGUUUCAAUGAUCACAUUAAAGAGUUUAUAGUUUAAAGUAGGGGUGGGCGGUAUGAGCAAAAAUUCAUAUCAAGGUAUUUUUCACUCUUCAGCCAGUAUAACGGUAUUACGGUAUGUCGCCAUAUGAGAUAAAACAUUUUGGAGUCACACUGUAGUAAACCUUAGUUAAAUUACAGACAAAAUUUGUAUUUUUAACCUUAUGUUACUAAUAAGGGAGGGAUUGGCCAUAGACAUGAUUUUUUAUCUUUUCCCAUUUUUUCCUUUCAAAGCGCCAUUGUGUGGAUGGGUGGACUCAUCUUCUUAUGCGUAUUGUCACUAAUAUGGAAAGUAUGAAAAUAUGGAAAUUAGUAUGGUCAUUUGCUGGUAGGCUAUGUGCCUUAUUACAAUGUUUUACGCUACGUCCAACAACUUUAAAGCUGUGUGCUGUAUAUCUUGUGUCUGUUUGAUUUAUAAAUAUACAAAGAACGAUUUUCUUUUUGUUGUUAAUAUGAACAUUUGAUGGGAGAUGCCAUCUCACUUUAAAUUAUUAUUAAUCCCUAACUGCAUUAAUGAAUGCAUUUAAUUGCAUUUAAUUUAAUUAACCAGCAGAUUCACAUUGCCAAAAACACUCCACUCAUACGUUUUUAUGCGUAAAUAUGCACUAUGUAUUGUUUAAUAGCCUCUCUAAUUAAUAAAUCUGCAUUAAGAAAACAAAAUUUACCAUUAAAGGCUGUUUUCAAUGUGUUUGGUACGUUGCUUACAUUAUCCGCUAAAGCACUCUGAAAGCACUAUUCAUUUAACCGUAACUCCUCAACCAUUUGCGCUAUCAAAAAAGGAAUGGUUCUUAAAAGAAGAUAAAUUGCACUUUUUGGGAAAUUAUGGUUUAUUACGGUAAUUUCUUGCUUUCCGUCAUCCAAUCGCUUACCUGGAGAGCGCGUUCAGGGCGCAGUAGAGAGAGCAGAUCUGAGUGAAAAGGGAGUAACACCGUUAAACGCCUUUGAAGCAGUGAGGUAAAAAAAAGCCUCCUAAAUGUAUAACACUGUUGACGCGCUGUUGGUGCCUUGGGACUUGACAGUCCGACUGUUUAAGUUGAUUUUCAAUAAAGCAGUGUUGAUUUUGUUCGCUUCUGGGUCCUGUUAUGUUUCAGAACCUGGUAAUGCUUAGGUAAGCCACGGUCUUGUUUCUCGCCAAACUCGCUGUAUACACCUGGAAUAUAGUCUUUGGCAGGAUUUGCGUGCACUAUUAUGUGCAUCCUCUUAAAAAAAAUUAUGAUUAAAAAUGGAUUGAAGUGCGUUUGGAGCUUUUCGUUUUGUGUUUCUGUGGACAGCGCAUCUCGGGAACGGAGGUAUGACUUUUAAGACUUGUGUAAACUCCCGCGGGGUCUUAAAGUUAAAUUUAAGUCCUAGAAUGAAGAUCUGGGCGUUUUAAGGCCAUAGAUAUAACUUUCUGAAGGUUAGUUUUUUGUAACAACCCGCGGGAACCCUGAUAAGUGCAAAAAUAGAAUUUAAAAUAUGUAACGCCGGUAUCAACGGUUUUGCGAAAUCCAUAUCAUGGCGUGACACAAUACCGGUAAUUACUAUCAUACCGGUUUAUUGCCCACCCCUAGUUUAAAGGGUUUUUAGUGCUCUGGUUUUGGUGAAAAUUCAUUUAAGUAGAUGAAAAACUCAUUUAUUUUAAUGAAACAUCUAAUAAGAAACACUUAAACAUUUAACAUCAAGACUUACCAGGUCACAAAAGCUUUCAGAAUUUCUGAGCCGUGUGUUUUCUAAAAUCAAGAAAUAAGAAUAUAUAUAUUCAUGCACAUAAAAAAUUAAGCUUGUUUAUAGCACUGUUUAUAGGCAUUGUUUCAUGACAAUAUUUAUUUUGUUUUACUAUAUUGAAAAAUAAUUUCAUUCUCAAUAAUAAAUUAUGUUGAUUUAUUUAAAUUUACAUUUUACAAAAGUACAAUUAUAGAUAACAGCAUAGUAGUAUUUGUUGUGCUGCUUUGAAUUUAUGAUGAUUUAUAAUAAAAUCUGUUCAGACAGGAUGGUUUACAGCAGUAUACUAUCAUUAAGCUAAAUACAAUUAAUCCAGAUGUUUUUUGACUAUAACCAGAAGUCAUAUUUUAGCUCUCAUCAGCUUUGAAUGGAUGGAGGUGAAAAUGACAGACAUGUUUUUUAAUACUAAAUCUCAUCAACCGUGUGCCAACUUAAAUCUUAAACAUUUACACCUCUUUCUUGCCCCAAUGGUUUUUAUGUGUUGAAGAUAUCUCAUAAAAUUUCAUAUCUCAACUUCAAUGCUUCUUAAUGAAUGAAUGAUUGUGUUAAUGAAGAUUUAUACAUUAAACCUUUAGAGAGAGACAUCAUCUAUCCCAACAAGAAAAAUAAACUGACAAGAAAGAAAUCAAUUCUACAAAAUGGUCGAGCAAUAAACAUCCCAAUUCACUUCUUUACAAAACCCUUACAUGUGUCACUUCAUUAAUUUAUCAACAUCUUUGUCAAUACUGUAGGUCAGUGCUUCUUAAACUUUUUCAGCGUGCGGCCCUCCUUUUGUAUGGUGCAUACUUUUUCUGGCCUCCAAAGAAAUGUUAUGACAUAAAACAUUACAAAACUUAUAAACAUAUUAAAUUAUACAAUGUAGUGUUGUUGGUUAGUAGCCUUAUUUAUCUGAGGUUUAAAUAAACAUCCUUAUAUUAAAUUAAUGUAUUUUAUAAAAUGUGUCUCCCCUGGCACAAUCUCACACCCCCAGUUUGAGAGCCGCUGUAUAAUGCAUAUUGUUUUCAUAUAUUUAUAGAUAUAUUUUGUGUAAAUAAAUCGUGAGUAUCUCAGUUGCCCAUCAGCAGUGCUGUAUUAUCAGUUGCUGUUCAUUUCAAUGUUUUAUGAAUUAUUUUGAUGAUAUUUAUUGUAUUAUAUGUAUAUUGUGGACGCAUGGACUCUUGUAUAUAUUUGAGAGUGAUGGACUGACUCAUAUUUAUCGCUGUAAUAAUGUCAUGUACUAGCAGCAUUAAGUUUGAGAUUUUCUCUGCUGUAUGAUGGAUGGCAGAAAUGACUCGUGACUCUGUUCAAUGUUAAUUACAAAGCUCAUUAAAGUGCAUCAUUGGACUGUUCUGAGAACAGCUGUCAGUGUUACACAGAUGUAUGAUGAAAUGUGUUUCUGAGAGUUCAGAAAGUCUCUGAGAUGGUUUACAGUAUCUGAUGCUGUGCUUUCUAUGAAAUAAAUUUAAAUUCAGACCCUU